AUGGCCAUGACAGGGGGGCUCGACAACACCCCGAAAUCAACGGAGGCGGACAUUGCAGUUGAAGAAAACAAAACCAAUGUGGUUUUCAAUGAACAAACCAACUAUGUGCCCAAGCGCACCAUUAUCACGAUCUUCCUGGCCUGUUCCAGUGUUGACCUCCUGGCGCUGAUGGACCAGACGACCCUGGCAGCCAGUUUAUCUAUUAUAGGCAAUGCACUGGGAGCUAGCAACCAGACUUCCUGGAUUUCAGGCGGUUACUUUGUAACCUCUACAUGCUUCCAACUGCUUUAUGGGAAGCUAUCUGACAUCUGGUCCCGCAAAUAUGUGCUUUUUGUCGGCCUAGCGAUCUUCUUUUUUGGGUCAUUAGCAGCAUCUCUUGCGCAGACAGCCACGCAAUUAAUUGUCUUCCGUGCUUUCACUGGAGUCGGCGGCGGUGGCCUCAUGACGGUCGCGCAGAUGAUCGUCAGCGACGUUGUCCCUCUCCGGGAACGAGGGAAAUACCAAGGUAUCCUCGGCGCUGUGGUUGCCAUCGCUAACGGCAUUGGUCCUGUCAUCGGAGGUGCACUAGCUUCCAUAUCACAGGAUUCAUGGCGAUGGAUUUUUCGGUUGAACCUACCCUUGACUGCGUUGACCACGCUGGCUGUUCUAUUCUUCAUGCCUCUUCGGAAGGUCACUGGUGACUGGAAAGUCAAACUCAAAGCAAUUGAUUUCUUCGGUAUGCUUCUGGCUCUCGGAGGAACCUCGGUCCUACUGCUGGGUUUGACAUGGGGCGGCGGCGAGUACGACUGGAACUCGGCGCACGUUAUUGCAACACUAGUCGUUGGAUUUUCUGUCUCUGUAGCCUUCGUCGCAUGGCAAUGGAAGGGCGCAUCGACCCCACUGAUUCCGAUGCACAUCUUUCGGGUUAGAAUUGUGAACGGUGCAUGUCUGACUAUGUUCAUCAAUGGGUGGAACUUUUUGGUCCAGGUCUACUAUAUCCCCACGUUCUAUCAGCUUGUAUUUGGAUAUUCGACAGUGAAGGCGGCUGCGAUGCUGUUGCCUGUGACUCUCAUGCAAACUGUUAGCAGUACAGGCUCCGGCCUUGUUGUACAUUGGGUCGGCCGCUAUCGAGAAUGCAUUCUUUUCGGAUGGGUUAUUUGGGCUGUCGGUCUGGGUCUUUUCUCAACACUCGAUCGGCACUCGGGGUUGGGCAAGCAGAUUGGAUAUGGUAUUUUGACUGGUGUUGGGGUUGGAAAUACUCUACAACCCUCUCUAAUCGCCGUUCAAGCUGGCGUUGAAAGGCGAGAUAUGGCCGUGAUAACCUCCUUCAGAAACUUCGUCCGCAACCUCGGUGGCACUCUUGGGCUUGCUAUUGCAGGAACAAUCAUAAAUAAUAUCGUCUCAUCGUCCAUCUCAGUUCUCGAACUCGAUGAAACCCAGUCCCGCUCCCUUCUCUCUAGUCCGCAGAGUUAUCUAUCGAAAUUGUCAACAGAGGAGGCGGAGCAUAUCCGUGAUGUUCUAACACCGGCAUAUCAAAAGGGCUUUCGGAUCAUCUUCAUUGUCGGUGCAUCGCUCGCGGCAUUUGCUUUCUGCCUGGCUGUUGGGUUGAUGCCACAGGUUGGCUUGAACCGAGCCGACGAUCAAUUUUUGAAGGAGGAAGCAAAGAAAAGAGCCGAGGGGCAGUUGGAUGAGGAGAAAACAGGGUAG